GUGAGUUUUUCGUUACAAAGUUCAUUGAAGUUAUUGCGAAUAUAUAGCUGGCCACUCUAAGAUUAGAUUACUUAGUGAACACGUGUAAAUAGUUAUAAUUGGUAUUAUAAAUGGAAAAUACUUUUAAAUACUUUUAUAUCAGUAUUAUCAACAUGUUUACGUCUACGUUUCAAAGUACGAAAUAGUGAUUAUCAGGACUGCAAUUACGCAAUUCGGAUGUUGAACUUGCACGUAAACAACAAGAACGGAUUGCGGUCACAUAUAAUUGUAUAUACGCGCAAAUUCUCUUGAUCAAUUUUUGAAGGCAGCUAUAAAUUGUUAUUCUUUAAACAUGGACUUUCGGGUUUUACCAACAGUGCUGAAAAUCGGACUAUUUCUUCUGAUAAUUCAAUUCAGCCAUUCUGCAAACGCUGGGUCUUCCUGUCAACUUCUCGAUAUUCCUGUACAGGAAAACUUCGAUUUGGACAGCUUUGAAGGGAAAUGGUUCGUGAGUUUGAAGACGGGCGUCAAGGACUCGUUGUUGGCGUUCUUCAUGGAGAUCUAUGACGGCAGGAUCCACUUCCGACAGAACGCUGCCGGCGGCUACGACCUUCAAGCUGUUGGAUCCAAGUUCUACGGCGGAUGGUGCCCCAGGGGUAAAGGGACUGCUGUUGUUAAAGACGCGCGGGAGCCCCAGCGUAUGACGAUGUACUUUGAUACGAGUAUCGGCCGGAAAGUGGGUAUGAAACCGGCCUGGGUCCUUAAAACUGACUAUAAUAGUUACGCCGUGUUCUACUCUUGCUGGAAGGAGACUUCCGCUGGCGCCUGCCACCCCGACAACACUUACGCCUUCGUCAUGCAGCGCGGCUCCAAGCCCCUCCCCUCGGGCAAGCUCGAGGAAGUGGCGACGGCUCUAAAAGGGGCGUGCGUGGACAUUGAGGAUCUCUCGCCCGUCACCCACUACGGCUACUGUCAGGACAAGGAUGGGCUGUAGCGGUGGAAGGACCAUCCAUUAAAAUGUGAAAUUAAAUAAAAAUUGUCACAUCAUAAUAUGAGCCUCGCUCUGGGAAAACGGGGUUUAAUGCAUGUGCGUAACGUGUCAUCCCUAUUGAGAAUUAGGGUAUGUAUGGUAUUUUUCGUUUAAAGAAAUUUUCUUUUGAAUGAAAAUCAAGUCUAGGCGGAAAGUGUCGUCCCUGAUUAGCCUGUGCGGACUGAACCGGCUUAUUUGAGAUAACAUUUUACCCAAAUGAAUUAAACCCAGAUUUCCGAGAACGAGGCUAAAAUAAAACAUGUCUCACAUGAGUAUAAAGCAUCAGAAUUUUAUUAUGUUAAAAAUGACCUUUUUUAAAUGCUAAAAAAUCGAUAUCUUACAAAUUACAAUUAAAUACAUUAAACUCAGUAAAACAACAAUUUGUUUGCAAUACUUUCAUCAUAUAUUUUCUUUAUGCCACAGCUGAAAUAAUCACAACUUUCAUUCGCGUGUAGACUCGAAGUUUCGUAACAUAAACUAAAUGUUAUCAGCAGUCUAUAAACAACACUUUAGACUAGUAAAAUAUAAUCUACAGUGUUUAAUGUGUAAGUAUUAAGCGAUUUACAGUAUGUAAUUGCAUUUCUAGUAAGAAAUCGCACGCAUACCAAUUUGAUUUAAAUUGUAUUCAAUAGCCUUAGGUUUUAAAUCAUGCGGAAGACAUAAUAAAUAUACAUGCUAUAAAUUAUGUGGAUGACAUAACAAAUAUUAGCCGCGCUCUUUAAAAAGGGGGUUUAUUGCAUGUGCGUAAAGUGUCGUCCCAGAUUAGCCUGUGCAGUACGCACAGGCUAAUCAUGGACGACACUUUCCGCUGUUAUGGUAUUUUUCGUUUCGUAAGGUCUCUUCCUAGCAAAAAUCCAGUUUAGGCGGAAAGUCUUGUCUCUGAUUAGCCAGUGCGGACUGCACAGGCUAAUCUGGGACGACAUUUACGCACGUGUAUUAAACCAAUUUUUCACAGAGCACGGCCCAUAUACAUGAUAUAAGCCUUCGCAUUACGAGCACCAGUGUGUUGUUACAUUUAGAAAUGUCACUGAGUCUUUCAGUGCAACUCAAAAUUUGCAAUGUUGUGUUUGCUUCUUGUACCAAAAUUUUAAACACUGAACUAAUGUCUGCAAACUUGACCCGUACAUUUAUUCAUUGUUUAAAUUGCGAAAACUUUAAAACAAUAAAUGUCAAGUUGGAAAACCA